AUGUCCAAGAUUGGAGGGACAACUACAUACCCUGGUGGUGAGCUUUGGGUCCCAAACAACCAUCCUCGCCAAGCUGCCAGAGUCGUUAAUUCUUACGAAAAUGCGUUUCAGUAUCUGGAAGCCAUCAUCGAUGAUGUUGGACCUACAUCCUCUUGUACAAGGAAGGAGGCAUUCUUAAAGGCAGGACCUACUAUGCCAGGAGCCCUUGUCAUUGAGCGAGCUAUUGAGCCAAAGAUAUUCGACGAGAAGAAACUGGGUGUCUGGAGGAAACGCCCGAAUAGGCCCCCUGGAAGAGCAAGACCGCCUCUCUAUACAAGUGAAGGCAGCAAGGCACUUCUCUCCGUGGCAACAUGGGGUGGUAAUUUCCAACUACUUCGCAUAAUAGCAAGAUGGAUCGGGCGAAAGUUGCUCGUCAUUAGUAUCCGGCGUGUCAUUAGUCUAAGAACAGGAAUGGCGUUGGUUAGACUUCUCAGGAAUUCUAACACCAACACCUCAGACGGUGCAGUGCUAGAGCAGUCUGGUAGAGAGCUGAUUAUACGCACAAGGAAGAGUGUAAUACUUGCUGUAGGUGGCUUUGCGUACAACAAAGACAUGCGUGCCACAUACCAGCCGUUUUUCCAAGCGUCGAAUGAACCGGCCUACGGGUUUUUCAUCUUGUUUGGAAGAGCCAGGCCGCAUUUAAUCAUCGUCGACUCGAGCGUCGAGCGUUUCAUGAACGAAGCACAAAGCUAUAUUUACGCUGCUAUCCCUGUUUGGAUAAUCGUCGACUCGCAAUUCAUAAGAGAAAGGGCUAUCGACACGGGUUUUCUUUUUGAAGGGAGGACUAUCUUAGAACUAGCACAAAUUGUUGGUGUGAACGUCCCAGGACUCAAUGCGACCAUUCUACGGUUCAACCAGAUGGCGCGACAUGGGAAAGACCUAGACCAUAAUCGAGGCGGUAAUGCUUAUGACCGACAGUUUGGAGAUCCGCUCUGCAAGCCAAUUCCCAACCUGGGCACGAUCGAGAGUGCACCAUUUUUUGCGCUCAAGAUCUUUCCUGGUGAUCUAGGCACGAAAGGCGGACUUUACGCUGCGGGCAAUUCCUCUUCUUCUGUCAUUGGUAGGACUUAUGCGGGCGUAGCCUCAACUCUCGCACUGGCUAUGACAUUUGCUUUCCUGGCAGCCGAGCACAUGUCUGGCGCUAAUCAGGCUUAA